AUGCUGGUCAACGCGCCGAGGUAUCGUCCCACUGGGCGACCUCAUUCCCGUCCGGAGAGACGGAAUAAAUCAUCGAAGGCUCCUGUCACAACGGCAGUGAAGGCAGCAGCUGUUGAUUCCACCACUGAGGACGACUCUGGAGUGAAGAAAGAGAAGCGCCGUGAUAGACGCCGUAGAAAUUACAGAGGGAGGAUAGAGCAAGGUACAAAAAAGGUCGUUCCUGAAGCCCCGCUAGUCGGUGCGUAG